AUGUCGGGCGGACACCGUCCCCAUUCAUCCAACACCCACCUCAGGAAUUAUGCCGCGUGGCUCGAGGACCACCGAUCGUCCACGAAAGGAUUGGGCAGUGGCUCGUCUAACCUCGACACGUCGUUCGUCCCACGCAACGAUGCGUUGGUAUACAUAAAGCGCCAUGCAGCGCCUCUCAUCACGGCUCUCUUCCCGGACCUGCGUUACGCUCCAGCUACCCAGGACGUCGUUCACAACUGUUCCAUUGGGCUGGCAAUACUGCUGAGCAUUGGCAAAGGCGAGUACAUUGCAGACUUUGUCCAGAGUCAACGUCUGUAUGACGAACACCUGCCGUUCCUCGAGCAGCCCUACUCGUUCCCGCGGCCCCCAAGCAAAAGGGACCACUUUUAUGAAGACUUCUACGACGCACAGUGGGAAUUUUGUGCUCAUAUAUUCAAGCGCGGGCACGGACUAGACCUUAAGCUCCCCAAGCAGACGAUACUCCCCAUCAUCGAGAAGGUCCGGAUCGACAGGCGAUCAACCUCGAUCAUCAACAGGAUCUCCAUACACGAAGCUCACGAUGAACUGCACGAUGACCAGGAACUGCAGGCGGGACACGCAUUCGGCGGCCAGACCUACGUGAUGAAGACCUAUCGUGGCAAAGAGGCUCAGGCCAUGUACGAUACCGAAGUUGCUGCCUUCAAGCAUAUAAUCAACGCGAGAGCGGACGAAAACUUCGUUCGUUUCUAUGGUGGCUUCCGCCAUGGCACUUCACUGAGCAUCAUUCUCGAAUAUGCCAACGUCGGUACACUUGACAGCUAUUUUGUCAAAGUGCGCCCUCCGACAAAAAGUGACGAGAUCCGGCAGUUCUGGAUAAACCUGUGCAAUGUUCUGGAAGGCAUAUAUGGUCUACACGGGAUACCGGCCGACGUCUCACUUGACUUUCCCGCCACAAGAGGGUGGCAUCAAGAUAUCAAACCUUCGAACAUCCUGGCACUACACGGGAGCGGUAGCCGAGCAUGCGACGUCAGAUUCAAGGUUUGCGAUCUAGGACUAAGUCAUUUUCGACUGUCAAACAGCUACACGGGCAACCCGCAUGACGCUGACGUGGGCGGUACCCGAGAAUAUGGCGCACCAGAGUGCGUUCGACCAGAUGGUCACUCACCAGACCUCAAUCGCGCUGUCGGCCAAUCUGUUGACGUCUGGUCUUUCGGCUGCAUCUGUCUGGAAGCUGCAUGCUGGCUCAUUGGUGAUCAUGCCGGACUGAUCGCAUUUCGCGAAUCCCGUCGUCACGAAACCGAGCAGAAGCGACAUCGACACUCUGAUAUUCGCUGUUUCCAUGAUGGCAGUAAUCUGCUUCUAUGCGUUCAGGAGAUGAUCAACAGCGUCCAGCAAGAGGCAACAGAGAGGGACGAUCAUCUCACCUAUGCCAUUGUCGAGCAAGUGAAACGAAUGCUGGUGGCGGCAGACAAUCGGCCUACCACGCAUGAACUUGUGUUCGAUGUUAGAGAGCUGUUACGAGGCGUUUCGACAACGCCACGACGGCGCAACACUGCACAUUCAUCAUCCAAUAUCGACGACAUGUUCUCCUCCGGUAGCUCGAGACCCGGUCGGGAUCCGCAAUUUGACAGCAGCUCUGGGACAUACGGCAGUGCGAUCGAAGAGUCCCCUGCGACCAGUACUUCUCCAAGCUUCCCCCCAAUACCCACGCCACGUCCAAGAAGACACCCAACCAACCGCCUGUCGCAGGUGCCAAUAUGGUCACAAGCCGCUGCCUGGACCUGGUACAACGAGGUGAAGGCAGCACAGAGGUUGAGAGAGUAUCCGCCACCGUUGCCUCAUAAGCAACACUUCCAGGAGAUGGGCAAAAGAGACAUCGUCUUCUUGGUUGAUGAUGUCAAGUCAAUGGCGCCACACUGGAAGCAGGUGACGGAGACUGUAACGCUCCUAGCUUACCUUCUCAAGGGCAGCGACAAAAAUGGAAUGGACCUCUACUUUUCCACCUCGCCUCCGGGAGAGCGACCGGAAAAUGCUUCGAAUUCAAGCGACUUGGCUAGAACUCUGAGGGCACGCAGUCACGCGUUGCAAGAAUCAUCCGACAUCUCCUUGCGUCUCGCCGAAAUCCUCACUGAAUGCCGAAAGAAAAUGAGCAGAUGCCCAAUGCUGUCUCCAGGAGUACCGGCGCCUGGUUGGCCAUUUUUGAGCCGGAAGCCGAAGCCGAUGAAUAUCUACGUCUUGACCGAUGGCAUCUGGCGAGAACACGCCGAUCCUUUCUCACCAAUCGACCAUCUUGUCCAGACUAUGCGGAACACUCAUUACGAGCCUCGCCACAUUGGUAUCCAGUUUGUGAGCUUCGGAAACGAGCCUGAAGGGCUUGAGAAGAUGCAGCAACUCGACGACAACGACGCAUGGCGCGACAAGUACAACCCCUCAGAUGUGGUAGACACAGAACCAUACGGUGGCAAUGUGAUCAAGAUGGUCGUGGGCGGCAUAGAGAAAACCUUCGACAACAACGAAAACGGUAGCGUGCCGACUCAUUCGCUGGAUCAGCCUGGAUGA